AGAACCGCAACAACAACAAUGAAAACAAAUAAAGUGGUGAUUUUACGCCAUGGCGAAAGUGAAUUCAAUAAAUUGAAUCUAUUCUGCGGUUGGCAUGAUGCUCCACUGACGGAAAAAGGUAUCGAAGAUGCCACAAAAAUCGCCGUAGCUGGUCUACGACAACAUCAGAUGCAAUUCGACAUCAUCUACACCUCUCUCCUGCAGCGUGCCCACCAAACUGUCGAUGUUAUACGAGAGAAUUUGAAAUACAACGAUGUUCCCGUGAUCUAUGACUGGCGUUUAAAUGAGCGACAUUAUGGCAAUCUGACAGGGUUCAAUAAACGUCAAGUGGCCAAUAAAUAUGGUGAAGAGAAAGUACAAAUUUGGCGUCGUUCAUUCGAUGUACUGCCCCCCGAAAUUACUCCCGAAAAUCCCUACUAUGCCAAAAUACGUAACAAUCCCAAAUUUAAAGAUAUACCAAAGGACAAAUUUCCCGAUACGGAAUCAUUGAAAACGUUGAUGCUGCGGGCCAUACCCCUUUGGGAACAGGAAAUAAUGCCAAAAGUUUUAAGCGGUCAGAGGGUGCUGGUUGUGGCUCAUGGUACUGUGGUGCGGGCCUUAAUGAAAUACAUUGAAAGUAUAUCCGAUGACAAUAUCAUGAAAGUGAAUAUACCCAAUAGCGUACCGUGUGUUUUCGAAUAUGACAUGGUGACCGGUCAACGUGUGGGUAAUAUUCAAUAUCUGGCCGAUGCCGAUUAUGUUAAGAAGGAAACAGAAAAAGUGGCCGCAAUUGGAAAUUAAAUUUCUUGUAUGACUGAUUUACGAUAC